AAUAAAUUGACUAUUUGACUUUUGCGUUGUAAAAAUCGAAAGGAAGCGCUUUGCCUUUGCUUUUCUCCUAUUGAAACGGAGACGCAAAAUCUCUCUUUAUCCUUUUUAUUCUCUCACUUUCCAUUGAAAAUAGCCGUUAAAGCUUCGCCGAUAAUGCCGCUCGAUUCAUUCCUCGUUUUCCUUAUUUGAGUCUUUUUUUUCUUUCCCUUUCACUCAUUGCUUCUCUUCUUUUUUUUUUUUUUUCCUUUUUCUUUUGCUCUGUCAUUUAUUCGGUGGUAAAGAAAAUCAAACGCAUUGACUCUGUACAACUUGUAUUUUGUUAAGGUCGUUUCUUCGCUUUCCUUGAAGUUUCGUUCUUUGAAAGCAAAGACAAAAACUGAAAAGAAAGAACAGUCCGCAACGCGUUUUUUUUUUCUUGGCAGAGUUCAAAGAAGAAUCAAUGUUUUUGUGUGGAACAUGAGUCACCUGUUCGGACAUGGAAAUUUCGUUGUUUUUUUCAGCCUGAAACUGAAACUAACCCAUGGAUGAUCAGAAAAGCAACCAUCACAACAACAAAAGCAUUGACCUCGACGACAGUCCACCCUUUGUUCGGAUUCACUCCCAUGCUGAGAUUGGAUCAUCGGAAGAAAGAGCAGUGCUGGAACUUGAAGAUGAAAGACUGAAUAGUUGUGACUCAAUAACAAGAAAGAAGCAUCCGUUUAAAGAGACUUCAAGCAGCGAUAUAUGUCACAUGAAGUGCAAAAAUAGUCUAUGGAAUAGUAUCAAGAUUGUUAUCUUCUCUAGCAAACUUAAUAUUCUUAUGGUUUUUGGCCCUGCAGCCAUCAUUGUCCAUAAAACCACUGGUUAUCAUGGUAUGGUUUUUCUUUUGAGCUUGUUGGGGAUCAUACCAUUGGCCGAGCGCCUUGGCUAUGCUACGGAGCAGCUGGCUUCUUUUACCGGACCUACAGUUGGUGGACUCCUAAAUGCUACUUUUGGAAACGCAACUGAAUUGAUCAUAUCAAUUUUUGCAUUGAGAAAUGGCAUGAUUCGUGUUGUACAACAGUCACUACUGGGUUCAAUUUUGUCCAACAUGUUGCUAGUGCUUGGUUGUGCAUUUUUUAGUGGAGGACUUGUGAUUAUGAAGAGGGAACAAGUGUUUAAUAAGGCAGCUGCUGGAGUGAACUCCGGACUGUUGUUGAUGUCAGUCAUGGGCCUGCUGUUUCCUGCUGUCUUGCACUCCACACGUACAGAAUUGCAUUUUGGGAAGUCUGAGUUGGCUCUUUCAAGGUUCAGCAGCUGUGUCAUGCUUUUUGCAUACGCUGCCUUUCUAUACUUUCAGUUGAGGAGCUCGAAGAAGCUAUAUGAUAUGGAGAGCAAGACUGAAACUUCAGAUGAUGAUGAAGCUCCUGAGAUCUCGAUGUGGGAAGCAAUUGUGUGGCUAUCUAUUCUGACCACGUGGAUUGCAGUCCUCUCAGAAUAUUUGGUUGAUGCCAUAGAGGGAGCAUCUACAGCCUUGAAAAUUCCUGUAGCAUUUAUCAGUGUUGUCUUGCUGCCCAUUGUUGGAAAUGCUGCCGAGCAUGCAGGUGCUAUUAUGUUUGCCAUGAAAGAUAAACUUGACAUUUCCUUGGGGGUGGCAAUAGGCUCAUCAACACAGAUAGCCAUGUUUGGGAUUCCAUUUUGCGUGAUAAUUGCAUGGAUCAUGGGGCAACCUAUGGACUUAAAUUUUCAACUUUUUGAGACAGCUACUCUUUUUCUUACUGUGAUAGUGGUGGCCUUCAUGCUGCAGGAGGGAACUUCCAACUACUUUAAAGGACUCAUGCUCAUUCUUUGCUAUUUGAUAGUAGCCGCAAGUUUCUUCGUACAUGUAGACCUUGAUUCAGUUGAUUAUUUAUCCUACAAUCCUUCAGCCUGUGGUAACAAGAACCAUAUUCAUGACUUGAAGAUGAAUAUUACAGAAAGUGUUGGUAAAACAAAAACCUGAGUAAAACCAGUUUGUUGAUCUCAAUCUUUUGCUCUUUUUGUCUUGUUCCGGAAUCUGGACUAUGUAGGUGACUCUUAUUGUGGCAUGUGCCUGCAACAUGAACUAUCUUGUGUUGUUCAAAUGCUCAAUUUAAGGACAUACAAUAAGAAAAUAUUUUUCCUAUCCUUUUCAUCUUGGUUCCAACUUCUAAGACAUCAAAGUGAGAAAGUAUUGAAGUUUGGGUCAAACAAGAUAACCAUGGACCCGAAUUGUCAAAACUUGGUAUUAAUUUAAGGUAUUAGCUUUAAAAAAGAAUGCAACAGUUAUUACUAAAUUGGAUUCAUUAAACUGAAUUAUAAAAGUAGAUCCUUAAUCUUCUAAGAAUAUCCUGCAUCGGAGAAUAAUUUAGGAGCUUAGAAACUACACAUUUGUGCCUUGGAUAUGAAACUUUGACUUACGAAACUGAGACGGUGAAUAGAAACAGAUAGAUACAGACAUGGAUGGGUAUUAUUUAGAAAUUUUGAUUGUUUUGAAGGAAAAUGAUGGGAUUCCUUCAAGGAAGAAACUAGGAAAUUAUGAAGACCCCUCGCCUUCAUAUAUAUAUAUAAAGAGGAAGCAAGGAAUCAACAUCUGCAGGGAUAAGGGAUCAUGGGUCGAAUAUUUGAUGCCAUGGAGAAUGAUGAGAAUAUUUCGGGUGGGAUUCUGCUGCUUUGCCAACUUUUCAUUGCGAUUUCAGUCUUAUCAAUGAUUAUUUUUGGGUGCCGCGAUCCACCUUCUAAUCAAAAGUUACCAAUUUUAGAUUUAGAAAGGCAGUUCAGUAUUAGUGCUUUUCAGUCGGUUA